UACCCUUCGGCUCUUGUUGCAUAUAUAUAUAUCAGUUAGCCUUUUUGUUUCCAAAUUGUCUUCUACAAUUCCUUUAUAUAUUUCUCUCCUUUGUAUUUAUCAUAUUACCUUACUUUGCAUAUUCUUAUCUCACCUCUUCACUCCAAACAACUCCCUUUUCAUCUUUCCUUUUACCUCUCCUCUCUCUCUGUUUCUGCUUUUCUCUACUGCAAGGGGAAGUUGAGAUGGCAGAUUGCAACAGAAACCAAGACUUUUACGCAUCUCAAGAGCUUGAGGGAUCAUCCAUGAACAAGAAAUAUGGAGGACUUGUGCCAAAGAAGAAGCCCUUGAUUUCGAAGGACCAUGAACGUGCCUUCUUUGAUUCAGCCGACUGGGCGUUAUGUAAGCAAGGAGCAGGAGUGAAUCCAAAAUCUACAGUGGCAAUAGAAACAUUGCGACCAAAAUUACAGAGAACACCUCACCAGCAACUGCCUCCCAGAAGACCCGCUUGUACAUCUGGUACUCAUGAGAGUUAAGUUUGCGGUUGAGUAUGGAGACUAAGAGAUUCUCAUUCGCUGGUGUGGAGAGGUUUUAUAAUCGUAGAAAUUGUAUACAGUGGAAAUGGACUUAUGGGUGUUGAUCGCUUAUUAAUAAAGAAGCCUUCAAUUCA